CCUAAACAAAACCCUAAUAUAUUUCUCAUCAUCAACGUCUCAGCUCCACUUUCACUGAAAAACCCUAGCUAGGAAGGCGCCUCUGCUGAUCUCUCGCUGCUUUUGAUUACGCAACAAUGGUGCGAGUUAGUGUUUUGAAUGAUGCUCUGAAGAGCAUGUACAAUGCUGAGAAACGGGGGAAGCGUCAGGUCAUGAUCAGGCCCUCCUCAAAGGUGAUCAUCAAAUUUCUGUUGGUGAUGCAAAAGCAUGGAUACAUUGGUGAAUUUGAGUUUGUGGAUGAUCACAGGGCUGGUAAAAUUGUGGUUGAAUUGAAUGGAAGAUUGAACAAAUGUGGAGUAAUUAGUCCUCGUUUUGAUGUGGGUGUCAAGGAGAUUGAAACUUGGACGGCAAGGUUGCUCCCUUCAAGACAGUUUGGAUAUAUUGUCUUGACAACUUCUGCCGGCAUUAUGGACCAUGAGGAGGCCAGAAGAAAGAAUGUUGGUGGCAAAGUGCUUGGUUUCUUUUACUAGGCUGGGUUUAGCUGGAUUGCCAAGGAGUGAGUUGUUCUUAAAAUGUGAAGGUUUUUGCUGUACCCUGGAACUUUUUUUUACAGUAGGAUUAUUUCUAUGCUUUGUUUGAUCUCUGAUCUCUUUUUGUUAGCGUUGGUGGUGGCUCUUUAUCCACAUUAUUUGAAGACAUUGAUGUUUUUGUGGUUCCCAUUUAUCUGAAAGCAACUUGAUUUUGGGCAUCUAAUGCUA